UCUAUAUGUGUGGGGAUGUAGCUCAGUGGUAGAGCGUUCGCUUUGCAUGUGAAAGGCCCCGGGUUCGAUCCCCGGCAUCUCCAGCUAUACUUUUUGUUUCUUAUUUUCGAUUAAUUUCAGUUACAAACACAUCAACAUAACCUCCAAAUAACUGGUGUAAUAAUUUAUUAUACCGAUCAAUCGUUGUUUUCUGUUAUAAAAAUUCGCGUAAUGACCGAGUUGACGAUUAAAAAUUUUAAGGACGAAUAUCCUCGUUUAGUGAAAGCUGUUGAGGAGUGUCGAUUUAUUUCCAUAGAUACUGAAUUUAGUGGCUUAAGUGUUUCAGAUAAGUUACAGACAAGCUUAUUUGAUACCACUCCAGAGCGUUACGAGAAACUUCGGAAAAAUUGCGAACAGUUGAUUCCUGUUCAAUUAGGGAUCACAUGCUUCACCUUUGACUCGGUAAAUUGUUCGUACACUGCGGAUAUUUUCACAAUUUUCUUAUUUCCUCGAACCUUCUCCUUAUACGACAAAAGAUUCGUAUGCCAGUCGUCCUCGUUACAAUUUCUAUGUGAUAACAGUUUUGACUUCAACAAGUUAAUAUACGAAGGUGUUCCCUAUAUAAAUCGGACACAGGAACAAACUUUGGUGGAAGAUUUGAAAAACAAAACAUUUGCUCUCAAUCCGUAUCAAAGUUCGGAAAUUGAGAAUGUGUUAGACGAACAAGGACGAAUUGUAGCCAGUUGGAUAUUUUCAGCUAAAGAUGGAGAUGUACAAGUCCUUCCCCAACUCCAGAAAUACGUUUAUAAUCCAGACAUUUUAUACACUGCUCAUAAACAUUUGCGAGAACGAUUUAAGGAUAGUUUGUGGACGUUUGAGGAUAAAGGACAAUUUACAGUAAAGAAAGUUUCAAAAGAGGAACUGGCUCUGUUAAUAAAAGAGAACGAUUUAGAUAAAAAUAUAAUUUUGGACAUUCUGGGUAUUACGAGACUCUUCCGACUUUUAGUGACCCUUAAAAAGCCAAUCGUUGGUCAUAAUUUGCUGACCGAUUUAAUGUUACUGAUUCACAAUUUGGAAAAUCCACUUCCAACAUCUUACGAAAAAUUCAAACGUCUUGUGAACGAAUUAUUUCCCGCGGUUUAUGACACUAAAUGUUUGAGUUUUAGCAUUUUAAAAAAACACAUACCCAACAGCAAAAGAUGGCAACAGAACACACUUUCUCAUUUGUACAACUAUUUCAAAGGGGGUGAAGGACGCCAUUUGGCCGCCAAUUCUCCCCUUAUACAGCCAAGAGUGCCUUUAGAAAAAUACGACCAGUUUCAUAACGCGGGAUGGGACUCUUAUUGUACAGGGUACAUUUUUAUUAGAAUGGGUCAUAUUUAUGCCACCAACAAAUUCAAACAGAGUAGAAAAUACCUCAGCAACGAGCUUUUCUCUGCAGUUUCAGGCUUUAAAAAUAAAGUUAAUUUGAUAAGGGCAUCUUUAGCGCACAUUCAAUUAGAUGGCGAAGAUCCGCCAUCUUCCCGACCGCCAUAUUUGGUUGUUGAGUCAUCGCGUAAUAAACCGUUAAACAUCUCUCAGAUAGCGUCUAUGUUAAGUUCUUUUGGAUUUGUCGAAGUAAAACCAUUUUCUUUUGGUAGAAAAGCCAUCGUGGCCGUAGACAAUUUUAAUAGUGCUAAAUCCAUUCUUAAAAACUUUGCAAAUCACAAGGAGAUUCGUAUAAAAAUGUAUAGUACUUUUAAACAUUCCCCUGUUGCUAGAACAGCCAUUUGGGGCGGCAUAUUUCUUACUGGUGCUAUCCUAGCAUGGAUGACAAAUAAGAAACUAAAACUAAUAAAUGUUUAAAGUAAAACAAAUGAUUGUACUUUUCGUAGUACAAGAAUAAAAUAAUCGUUAGUU